CAAGCAGGCAGGGAGGCACCGUGACCGCAUCGACUAUUCACACACACACACACACACACACAUAUAUAUAUAUACACACAAACACAAGGAUUGGACUCGUUUUCUUUUCUUUCAUCCCGACUGAAAUCAAUGAAGGAGAGACGCUCGUGUCAGAAACUAUCUCUGAAAUCCGGCAUGGAUCCCAGUCAGAGUGUGAAGUGUAAGAUCGUGGUGGUUGGGGACAGCCAGUGCGGGAAGACUGCGCUGCUUCACGUGUUCGCCAAGGACUGUUUCCCCGAGAGCUACGUCCCCACAGUGUUUGAAAACUACACAGCCAGUUUUGAAAUCGACACGCAGAGGAUCGAGCUCAGCUUGUGGGACACCUCAGGGUCUCCGUACUAUGACAACGUGAGGCCUCUCUCCUACCCAGACUCCGACGCCGUCCUCAUCUGUUUCGACAUCAGUCGCCCUGAAACACUCGACAGUGUGCUGAAAAAGUGGAAAGGGGAGAUCCAGGAGUUUUGUCCCAACACUAAGAUGCUGUUGGUUGGCUGUAAGUCAGACCUACGCACCGACCUGAGCACACUAGUGGAGCUUUCCAACCACCGGCAGACACCCGUGUCUUAUGACCAGGGUUCCAGCAUGGCCAAGCAGAUCUCGGCACCUUACAUCGAGUGCUCGGCCCAGCAGUCGGAGAACAGCGUCAGGGACAUUUUCCAUGUGGCCACACUGGCCUGCAUCAACAAAAACAACAAAAAUGUCAAGCGCAGUAAGGCCACCCGCACCAACAAGAGGAUUUCACACAUGCCCGGUAGGCCCGACCUGGCGGCUGUGGCCUCGGACCUCCGGAAGGACAAAGCCAAAAGUUGCUCGGUCAUGUGACUGAUCAGACCGAAGGGGAUUAGACUGAGGAGAAUAAGGACAGAGCACAGUGCAAGCAGGAAGUUAUGGGGCAAUGCUCUUUCCUGCAUGCGAAAGACCCCUUAUUUGUCUGGAAAGGGGCUUUAUAAGCUUCAAUUCAUGUACAUGUUAGUGGAAUACUCUGCACCAAUGAAAACUCAAUGCGUCGUAGCGUCCCCAUCCAUAUGGCCCCCGCCCCACCAGAUGAGGAAGCUAUCUGUCAGCGGGCUACCUGCUCGGGGAAGUGACCUGCUUCCUCUGGGAGGAAGAAGCGGAUGCAGUCGAGGCUUUCCACACCUACAGGAAAUGAGCAGGAGGAGUGAUGUCAUUAGACACUCGUUUGUAGCGGAAGAACAUGUGAUCUUUUGAAUGAUAGCCAAAGGCGGCAAUGGGGGGUUUGCUGCCUGGUGGGAAAAAAGAGGAGCUGCUGUUGUUUGUGCUGGAUCAAAGACUUUUUGCUCAGAGGGCUUAUACAACAACUCAUCACUGUGGUUUGGAAGUGUUUAACUCUCACCCCUGCUACUGUAACUGUAAGUCUGUGUGCAGAGCAGUUUAAAAGAGGAAUUUCUUAGUCCUGCACAAUGGAAACCUGACGCUGUGUGUCCCCUCUCUCUGAUUUGUUGUCGGUAUAAUGUGAAGUCAUUGGUGUGUAACUGUGUCAUCGUUUUAAUUUAGCUUCAUCCUAAAAUUACACAUCUGCACCAGUCAGAUGGCCACUCCGUGCUCAUUUAUUUCACCUCAACAGCUAUAGAUACAUAAUGACUCUCUGAAGACAGAUUAUGGUAACUAUUCUUCACACUCACAGGUUUAUAAAUGCCUCUGUAUGAUACUGGGGAGCCAUAAGCAAAAAGACUCAAAACUGAAGUCAGCUUCUAGGAUUUGUAGUUCCUUCAGUCCAUGUGAUAAACAAAUGUUAUUUGGCCUUUCAGUCUAAAUCUGCCUUAGAAGUCACCAAUUUGUAAUUAUUGUAUUGGUGAGAACAGAACUAACUUUUAAAAAUCCAUAAUGGACCCUUGAUGGUCCAAGAAGCUUUAGUUGACCAACACUAAACAAGUGAAAAAGUGAUUUAUUGUGUAAAAUGAGGAUGCCCUAACAGGCUGACAUUCAUUUUGAGCUAUGAAUCACUUUUCCACUGCACUUUAGAGAGGGAGUGGAAAUGAAAGCACCAAUUAAAGCUUGUUUAUUAGUCUCUGAAAACAUCACAGCUUUCAGCUUUGCAUUUCCCUGAAGUGUUCAGACUCUGCUGUUGAGGAAACUCCUCAUUACUCAAACUUUGAUAAUUUUAUUUUUCCUACAUGGUUUGAAAUGUUAAUAGGUAAUUUCAGUGUUUGAGUUUUAUGACCCUUAGUUAGCUCCAUUUAAAAUAUGUCAUUAAACAACUAAUGGGUCUGUUGACGCUUCGCUUAGUCUGGCCCCCUUACUGUCAAGCUUUCCAUUUUAGCAUGGCACGUAUGCAGUGUACAGUGAUGACAUUUGAAGAUUUAACACUGAAAUCCUGAUCAUUUUUUAAACAGUGGGGUCUUUGACUUUGACAAGUAGACAAAAGCAGCUUCUUAUCUUUAGUUGGUAACCAUUGGGGUCUAUUCUGCGGGCUGCAAUGACACCUGUAGCUAGCAGAUUUAGCUAGCUGAUUAAUGCUACCUAGCUCCAUGAGUUUUUUGAAAACUACACAAAGGUUGGAUUUACACUUAAUUGGUAGUAUUUUUAUAGAACUUGUUUCACUUUUAUUUGAAAAAAGGCUUUUAAGGAUGAGGACUAACUGAUGAGUUUAGCAAAGUCAUCUUGGGUAAACUUCCCCAAAUCCAAUACAGAGCGCUAAUAUCCUUACUUCUAAUAUAGUGGUUAGUAAUCCCGGAUCUCAAGCAUUGGAUGUGUCAGUCUUGAACGGGGUUUUUCUAAUGUAAUCUGGAACCCCACAUAAUAAUGUAGUUGGCUAAUGAUAUUAGCUACACAUGCUAAUGUUUGCAGCUUAGAGCAGAAAAACACACAGUUUAAUCCAGUUUUGCUCUUGUAUUUUUUGUUUUGGAAAAGUAAAAAAAAAAAAGACACCAUCCUCCAAACUUUUUAAAUGUGAAGUAAAAGCACCAUAUACACCUCUUCAAUAUGUUGAAAAAUCCAAAGCUUGACAGGCCUGCCGUGCCUACUUAGUUUCUAUGCUAUGAUUGCUGUUUGGGGGAAGGGUUUAACGUACGGUCAAUUUGAAAAUUGGACUUUUCUAAAGUCUUGAGAAACAGUGUUUUUGAAUUUGUGCUUUUCCGUUAACAAAAGUGCAAUUAAGAAACUGUUUAAAUAUCAAAAUUAUUGAUGCACUUUUAAUGAACCUUUACAAACGUCCCAGUUAGCUUGUUCAAAUGCCAAUGCUGUCACAUUUGACAGAACGGUGGCCAUACUCUUCAUUUUCUUAUCUGUUGUCUCCUCCCCGUGUACAUUUUCUUGAAUGUUGUCACCUUCAAAUGUCUUUGCCAAUGUUGUUCCCACAAUAUUUAUUGAAUUAUAUAUUUUCCCUUUAGAAUAAAUGCAAAUGUAAUUAAA